GAUCAAUUAAUCACAAUUAACUCAAAGUUAAGUAUCAUGGACAUGAAUAUAAUUGAGCAAUUCAAUCUGAGACAAGCUACAUAGAUUCAAUGGGGAUACUUUCUAGACAUAGUCGCCGGCCAUCUUUCCUUCCUCGCUACGUUAUCUUCUUUGCUUUCCUCUUCCUCGCUCUUCUCCUCUUCUUCGAGGUUGACAACUUAAUUUCUCAGACAAAAACCAUCGUGGGUCACAAUUUAGAGCCAACGCCGUGGCAUGUAUUUCCUGCAAAAUCAUUCGAUGAAGAAUCCACUGUUUCAAAGGCUUCCAAGAUCAUAGGAUGUUCUUAUCUUAGCUGCCCGAGUCAUGUCACCAUUCCUCAAAAUAGCAAUUCCGCAUCCAAAUCGAAAACCUCUGAAUCCAAAACUUGCCCAGAAUUUUUCAGGAGCAUACGUUAUGACCUUGAACCAUGGACCAAGUCCAGGAUUUCUAUGAACCAUGUAAUGGAGGCACAGAAGUUUGCGGCUUUUAGAGUUGUUAUAGUUGGUGGCAAAUUAUUUGUAGAUUUUUACUAUGCUUGUGUACAGAGUAGGGCUAUGUUCACGAUCUGGGGAAUAUUGCAGUUACUUAGGAGGUAUCCUGGAAAGGUUCCAGAUGUUGAUUUGAUGUUUGAUUGCAUGGACAAGCCUAUUAUUAAUCGAACUGAACAUUCUUCAAUGCCUUUGCCUUUGUUUCGGUACUGUACCACACCGCACCAUUUUGAUAUACCAUUUCCAGAUUGGUCUUUCUGGGGCUGGUCGGAAAUAAACAUAAGACCAUGGGAAGAAGAAUUUAAAAGCAUCAAAGAGGGUUCAAAAUCUCGAAGUUGGAUAAGGAAGAUCCCGGUAGCAUACUGGAAAGGAAAUCCAGAUGUUGUUUCUCCGAUUCGCACAGAAUUGCUCAAUUGCAAUGACACUCAAAUGUGGAGAGCACAAAUUAUGCGCCAGGAUUGGGCAGAAGAAGCAAAGGUUGGAUUUGAGAAGUCCAAGCUAUCAAAGCAAUGUAAUCAUAGGUACAAGAUUUAUGCAGAAGGAUAUGCAUGGUCAGUGAGCUUGAAGUAUAUUCUAGCAUGUGGUUCUCUUCCCCUGAUAAUCAGCCCACAGUAUCAGGAUUUCUUUAGUCGUGGUCUCAUUCCAAAGAAAAAUUACUGGCCAAUUCCUCCAUUUGAAUUAUGCCCUUCAAUAAAGGCUGCUGUUGAUUGGGGUAAUGCAAAUCCAUCAGAGGCCGAAGCCAUUGGAAAAGCAGGACAAGACUUCAUGGAAAGUUUGAGUAUUGAUCGGAUAUAUGAUUACAUGUAUCACUUGAUUUCAGAGUAUGCAAAGCUGCAGGACUUUGUUCCUGUUCAACCCCCCUCUGCUCUUGAGAUUUGUAUUGAUUCAGUGCUUUGUUUUGCUGAUGACAAGCAAAAACAAUUCCUCAAAAGAUCCAUUGCAUUCCCUUCACCUGGAAGUCCUUGCUCACUUUCGAGAUAGAAAUUCUACAAUCAGUCAACUAAAUCUAUAUUCUUUUUUCACGCACAUAAACAGUCCAAGCUAGAUGUAUGAAACCCAUUGCGUCUAGUCUAGUCGGCCACUGUCUACCUAGAAACGAAUAGGAAAUUGUAGAAGAUGAAAAACACACGUAGUCGGUUUUCCUUCCCUCUCUUUACAGGAAAAUUUCAACUUCACUUUAGAAUAAACCAUUGUAAAAGAAAGAGAUUUUAUAUCAUUACAUAUUCUAUAGCCUUCUCCAAGCAAGUCUCAGACAUUUGAUUUCUGCAUUGAAGAGAGAAGACGCAGGUGUUAUCGGAAUGGUCAGACGGGCUGGAGUACGUAUUGUAAAGAUUAGACGUUAAGCUUAUUGAUCAUUUGUGAGAGAAGGGAAGUGUGAACUGUGAAGCAUAUUCUCUUUCUAAGGGAAAUAUAUUUCCAUUUCAUUCUGUGGUGUUGCUUCUUGUAAAUGUUCAUUCUCAAAAUUUCGUUGGGAUAAUUCCCCCUU